AUGGCCAUGAUUGCUGCACCUCUUACUUCCAGCUCUGCCUUUCAAAGGGAGCGUUGGGAGGCCCGCUCUCCCGACUACUCGCUACCGAGGGCUGAGUCGAGAUCAGUCGCCCUCCCCUCUAUUCGACAGGCAUUUCCGGAACUUCACCUAGCCACAAACCCGGAACGUCAAGGACGCCGACGCCAGUAUCAUAAUUCCCAAGGUUGGACAAGUUCUGGCCCUGCGGCGGCUUUAGAAUACAUCCAUUCGCCAAGUAGCAAGAGAAGGCGAAUUUCCAACGAGCUGGACAACGAAGGCCGCUCCCAUCAGGUUCCUCGUCUCUACCCCAGCCUCGAGCGUCCUCGGUCGAGUAACGCCUCUCCCAUCUCACGACGCCCACCUACUUCCGAUAACAGCUGGAGAAGUCAGACGCCUGCUCAGUACAGGCCGUCCUUGUCUGCUUCUCCUGAAAUCCACCACCGCGAGCACCGUCCUUCUAUCCACAGCUUGCCGCCGCCGCCUGGUUUAGACCUUCGACGCGAAGGGUAUUUUGGCGCCGAAGACCACGCCGCUCGCCAAAGACGAGAAGCUCAAUAUAUGGCUCAAUCCAGCAGCGGGAGUCCAGUAUUUGGCUCUCGACCCGGCGACCCUGCCAACCGAUACAACUUCAUGCCCACACCCCCGGCACGCUUAGAGGAGCGUUCGCCCUUUGCCCCAUCUCGCUAUGGUCUGCAUGACGGUGGUCGUUACAACGAGAUGGGCAUGAUGGGCAUUAGCGGAGACACCAAGCAGCGUAAACGUCGUGGCAACCUUCCUAAAGAGACCACGGACAAGCUACGCUCUUGGUUUAUUGCUCAUUUGCAGCAUCCAUAUCCGACCGAAGACGAGAAGCAGCAGCUGAUGCAUCAGACCGGCCUACAGAUGAACCAGAUUUCAAACUGGUUCAUUAAUGCCCGCCGACGACAACUUCCUGCCAUGAUCAACAAUGCCCGUGCCGAGACUGAUGCUAUGCACAGUCGCACUGGUAUUGACGGUGCUUCUAUCGCGAGUGCAGAUAUGGAUGCAUCGAGCCUCGACCGCGAGAGCACAUACGAUGCUAGCCCCCGCAUGCGCAGCGUCAAUGGUCUCAAGCAUGAUUAA